AACGAAAGCAUUGUGAAGUGCGUUUGCAUGAAGCUUUGAUGAUAAUAAUGGAAGACAGGUCCGCUCGGCACGCGGCCCACUUGUUUUGAACAUGGCUGAGCCAGUUUACUGCGUGCCCUCGGAGGUGCUGUUUCGCAACUAUGCAAGCACCCCGGGACCUUUGACUCGCAAUCUCCUGCUGAAGAACACGACAAAUGCACAAUUGCAGACCGUCAUUUCCUACCCGUUCUCGCCCAGCUUUCGCUUGCAUAUUCCGCCUGAGCAAAAAGCAGAGCUUAGGUCAAAUCCGCCUCAUGUGGUGCUAGAGCUGGGCCCAAACUCGACCGGCAGGGUGAUUCUGGAGCUCAAGCCGCCUGAGGCUUCGGCGGAUGGCAGCGGCCCUCUCGGCGGCCACUUCCAGGAUGAGCUGGUGGUGCUGUUUGGCGGCGUGCGGCAGCUGGUGGUCCCCAUGCGGGCCGUGCACCAUGGGCUGGAGGGCACGCCGGCGCAGCAGAGCGCGCUGCUGACACGCCUGGCCUACUGGCCCGGGCAGCAGGAACUGGACGCUCGGAGUGCCGCCUUCACUGAUGACGUGACAGCCACCUACCCCGGCAUCACGCCAGCUCCACCAGCACAUGUGCCGCCACCGCCAGCGCCAACGCUGCCGCUUACGCAGCAACAGCAGCAGCCAGCAGGGCGACCAGGGGCGGGUGGUGUGGGGGGCGGGCCGGACCCCGCCGACCCGCUGGCUGCCGCAUUCCUUGGCAUGCAGCCGGGGGCGGACCCACAGCACCAGCAGCAGCAGGCGCCGGCAGCACUGGUGGGCUCGAGAUCUGGCGCGCCGCCGCCCAUGGCGCCGCCGCGGCAGGCGGUGGAGCUGCCGCCGGAGGGCUUCUCUCAGGCGGACGCGGCGGAGGCGGCUGCAGGGGCGGGGCCAGAUGCGGGCCAGGCCGGCGGCGGGCUGAGUGAGUACGGCGACUUGAUUGAGGAGGAUGACGACGCCGUCAAGCGGCCGUUCGUGCUGACGAAGACGGUCAAGGUGCAGGGCCGUGUCGCAGUGGCGGUGCCCUCUGGCGACGCUGCCGCUCUGGCCGCCUCCGCUUCAGGCGCCUUGCCCCCAGCAGCAGCCGGACACGGCAUCAGCGGUGGCCGUGGCGGUGCUGCGCCUGUGGGCACUGCUGCCGCGGCGGCGUCGCUGCCGGUCGGGGACCCGCUCAGCCGUACCAGCAGCGGCAGCGGCAGUGUGGGCAUUGGCGGUGGCGGCGGCAUGCGGCCAGGGUCGGCUGGCAAGGCGGUGUUCGUGCUGAAUGGCAAGCUGUACGAUGCGAGGGGCAAUGAAGUGGACCCAGCGGCAGCAGCGGUGGGGCCCGGUGGCGGCGUGAUGGUAGUGGACUGCGGGGAGGUGACGACACCUCGGAUGUCCAGGCCAAGCAGUGCCUCCAAUGCCUCGGCAGCUGCCGCCGCCGGGGCAGGCACGCCGCCGCGCCUGGCGGCGCCGCCACUGGCGCCGCUGGCUGUCGGCAGCCCAGGGCCCGGCUCCUCGGCCACAGGUGGGCGGGGCGUGGGCGCGCUGGCGCCGCUUAAACAUGGCGGUAUACCUGUGGCGGCGGCGUUGCGCCCCGGUAGCGCCACAGGGGCCGCUGCCUUCAUGGGCGGCUCGCCAGGGCCACUGCGUCAGCCGCCAGCGCCGUCAUCCGCGGCAGCGUCGGCGCCGCCGCCGGCCGACGAUCCGCUCCGCGCGGCGGCCCUGGCGGCAGCCAUGCGCGAGCUGGGCAUCACGGACCUGCCUACGCCGUCAUCUUCGGGGCGGCCAGGCGCUGCCGCGUUGCCACAGCCGCACCCAGCUGCAGCGCACGCGCAGGCCGGCGGGCAGCCCGACUGGCCGCGGCUGCAGGCCCGCGGGCCACAACCGCCCCUACCCGCCAACGGCAACAUGCCGUCGUACGUGCAGUACGGCUUGCCGCCCAACUACCGGCCUAGCAGUGGCCGGCGGCCGGGGUCCGCCAAGCCGCCGCCGGCACGCAGCGCCCCGGCGGCGGCGCCAGCCGCCGGCACCGGUGACGAUGGCGAGGCGCUGCUAGACUACGACAUGGAUGACGAGGACCGCAGCCGGUAUGACGACGGCGACUUUGAGGCGCGGCUACAGCAGCAGGUGGAGUCUAACGUGCUCAAGACAGCGGGGCCAGUGGCGGCGCCGCCGGUGGCUCGCACCGCCGCGCCGGGCGCCAACAAGGCGGCGCCGGGCGCAUACCUGCCGCCGCGUGCCGGCGCGGCGACGUCGGGCGGGCUGGGAGCGUCGCCCGCCGCCGCGACGGCGGCGGCUGUGGCGGCCGGCUCUCGACUGGGCAAGGCGACGGCGGCCAUGGCGGCGGCGUCAGCCGGUGGCGGCGGCGGCGCAGCGGCGCGCAAGGGCGCAGCGGCGGCGAGUGACCAGGAUUACCCAGAAGAGUCCGAGUUUGAGUUGCAGCUGCAGCGACAGAUAGAUGACGCCAAUGCGUUUAGCGCGGGAGGAGGGGGAGGGGGAGGCGGGGGCCUGGGUGCAGUGCGUGCUGCAAAAGGAGGUGGCGGCGGCGGCGCGGGUUGGCGGGGCCCCAGCGGCUCAAAUAGCACUACUGGGAUGGGUGCGGCAGCGGCAGGGGCUCCAGGCUUGAAGCGCUCCAAUUCAGCAGCCAGCGCGGGAAGCGGCGGCACGCCGCCGUCGUCAGUAGCGGCCGGGGCGCAGGGCGCGGGUCCGCGGCGCGUGUCUGCGGACUCCUCGCCGGCGAGCAAGGGGGGCGUUCCCGUGGCUGUACGCAUCAGCGCAGGCUCCGCGCCGCGGCCGCACGCCGGCGCGGUGGCGGCAUCUGGCUCGCCUGCUCGUCCGCCCCCCGCGCCGGCGGCGACCGCCGCAGGCGCCAGGGCCUCGCCGGCUCGCGCGGCAGCAGCUGGCGCCGCAAACGCUUCUCCGGCGAAGGCAUCGGAUGUGCAGAGGCUCAAAGCCAACUGGGAUGCGCUGGGGUGAGCCCUCAAGGCCCGACUGCUUUUACGAUCCGACUUCAUCCGACAGCACGGGCUUGGGAGGUGUCAGGUGUGAGAACAAAGUAACUGUGAUGUAAGGGUACCCGACGUUGUCAGGGCUUGGCUGCCAUGACCGACAGCUUCACCCUCGGGCCUCGGCAACCCCUAGUGUUCGCGUUUACAGCACUGUUUAAGUGAACCAGGGCAGUGUGUUUGCGAUGUUACGGCAGGAAACGUCAGGGAGGUAUGCACCCCUGAGGGCUGACCUGAGCCACCACUCUGACAAGGCUAGGAUGUGGCCGGCAUGAUCAGUCCGGGGUGUGCCGCUGUGACCAGCUCACAGACAUGCUGAUCCGGUACAAUGGGUGAUGACAGCCGCGUGCAGGACAUUUAAUGAGCACAUCCGCUGUCGCGUAGAUGUGCGCGUCGAUUACACCGGUUGCUGCCAACGCUGCGAACGGGGUCGGCAGGCCACGGCACGGCUCGUAAAACCAUCCUGAUUCCGGCACGGCACGGCAGCAGACCGUCAGCAAGACUGGGAUGACGGUUUUCCUGAGACUGAGAUCGUGACAAACAAAGACGAGUCUAUGAUAUUAUCUGCU